AUGUUAUGUUCUUCUCUUUUAGGACUUAACUGUACACCACCGGCGAUAGACGACUUUCCCAGGGAUUUUUUUACAGAAGAACAGCGGCAGGGUGGUGCCGUGGUUGUUCAUAUAGUGGUGUCUCUCUACCUCUUUGUAGCGUUAGCUGUAGUCUGUGAUAAAUAUUUUGUACCGGCCGUUGAAAAAAUAUGUCAUGCGUUAAAUAUGACAGCGGAUGUAGCCGGAGCUACCUUUAUGGCUGCCGCCACAUCCGCACCAGAACUUUUUGUAAAUGUUAUUGGAACAUUUAUAACGGAGGGUGAUAUCGGUGUUGGAACUAUUGUCGGAUCGGCAGUUUUUAAUAUUCUGGCAGUAGCGGCCUGCUGCGGAAUUGGCGCUGGUAUGAGCGGUGCGAAGAUAGUUCCAUUGGAUUGGUGGCCACUCACUAGAGAUUGUUUAGCCUACGGAGUAACAGUGUCCAUUUUAAUUUGUAUCAUUCACGAUGAAAGAGUGGAAUGGUAUGAAGCAUUGUGCCUUGUUCUCUUAUAUACAGUAUAUAUAUUUAUCAUGUACUUUGAUAAAUCCAUCCAAAAUUGUGUCAGAGAUGCUUUGGACAUUCACUUCAACAUCAAAAUAACUAGCGGAGAUAUUCAUCCAGAGAAAGACAAAACCGAUAAAAAACCAACUGAAAAAUUGAAGGAUACUGGUACAAAAAACAUCGAUUUCCAAAACAACUUUUCCGAUCCAGAUGAUGGCGUGUACGUCAUUAAUUCUUCUACGCAUGUAAAUGGGUCUUUGAAGCUACCUAUGGCGAUCGAAGACAAAGGAAUAGAUCAUUUUAAAAAGGAAGAGAGUGUUCUUAGUAACCAUGAACGUAGUCAUUCGUUAUGGAGAUGGCCAGGAGAAAGCGGAAAAUUGGCGCAGGCAACUUGGAUAAUAACAUGGCCCAUAUAUUUGAUAUUCCUGUUUACAAUUCCCGACUGCGAAGCGAAGAGAUUCAAGAAAUGGUUUCCGCUUACAUUUGUAAUGUGCAUCGUUUGGAUUGGAUCGUUGUCCUAUGCAGUCGCUUGGAUGAUAACUAUAAUAGGUGACACCUUAAAAAUCCCAGAUUCGGUUAUGGGCAUAACGUUUUUAGCUGCUGGGACUAGCGUCCCGGAGGCUGUUUCUAGCGUUAUUGUUGCAAAACAAGGUCAUGGUUCCAUGGGAAUUAGCAACUCUAUAGGGUCUAAUACGUUUGAUAUUCUACUUUGUUUAGGGUUACCUUGGUUUAUCAAAGCAACAUUUAUGCCAACCAUUGCAGGAAGACAUUGGGUCGGUAUUAACUCAGCUGGUAUUGAAUACAGCGCUAUUUCACUUCUCUCUACGUUACUGAUGUUGUACAUCGCCUUUGCGUUAAACAAAUUUCAGCUCGAUAAAAGAGUUGGCAGGGUGUGUUUGUUAAUGUACGCAGUUUUUCUCACUUUGGCCAGCCUGAUAGAAUUAAAUGCAUUCUUCAGAGUAAAUUUACCAACGUGCGGACGGUGAAUUGUGGAUUAUGAAGCAAGUCAAGCGAGAAUAGUUGGAAAACUACAAACAUUUAAUGAAUUUUAAUACCAGGUGUACCUUUUACUGUAACAACUAAGAUUAUUUUAUUGUAUUAAAGAACAAUGUGUUGUUAGUGACAAAUUUUAGGUUUAUUUAAAUAAGUUUUUUAUUGAUAUUACUGUAAUAUUACUGUUGUAUGCUCUGUCAAAAUCUUGAAUUUAGAACUGUAGCUAUUGGUUUAAUUAUUAAGUUUUGUAGUUUGUAGCUAUGUAGUCUAAUAUAACUAUAUUCAGUGUUAAUGCAAAAUUGGUUUUAAAUUUCAGCUGCAUUAUCAUCAUAAUAAGUCAGAGUAUAUGAAUCAAGAUACGUCUAACGACGUUUUAGACUUUUAUCUAAUCUGGAUUUAAUUUUCUUAUUUCUUGUUUUAUUUAACAUGUUCCCUUCUUUGUUUUUUUUUUACUAAAGUCUCUGCAAUAUUAUAUUGCAUAGAUCGCAUAAAUUUGUUUAUAUAUAUAUUUAUAAUUAACUUGUUUUAUAUAUACAUGUAAAUUGCUUCUCUGACUGAAUAAAUCACAUUGACAUCCGUUGUCCAUCGUAAGCUAAUCCAUCUUAAUAUAUUUUGAAUUUGAAAGUUUUUAAUCAUUUUGCAGCUGACCAUUAUGACGAGCAGAUUGCAAUCGAUUAUUUGAGUCUUUGAAAAAAAAUACCAUUUCAACUUAGAAUUUAAAAAAACCAAAAAAACAUAAGGCGAACCUGGUAAACAUUUGUUUAUUUCCAAUUAAAUGCGCUUGGGUUUAUCCACAAAUCGAACUGUACUUUAUAAUAUUAUGUGAGUGCGGGUGUAAAAAGUUACUUUGUAAUAUUAUGUCGUGACAAUACAUUUCCUAACUCUACAGUUGGUAAUCCCACAAAGACAAUUGGUACCACCAUCAAUUCGUACCGGCGACACUGUAUUCGCACCGUGUGUGACUGACGCGACACCUACCGCCUUCAUCUAACAGUUUUGGACCUCAUUAUUUGAGGUUAAACAUAUAUAAAUACAUACGAAAGUGACAAUUAUUAAUAACUAGUUUUUUAAUUAUAUUUUUUUCCAGUUUAUGUAUGAAAUGGAUGUAGUAAAAAGAACUGGGUUUUAAUAAUUUAUAAUUUAUCUUUUUAACUCCAAACGGAAAAUAAAGGGAAAAAUAUAUUACGGGCAAAUAACGUUUGUCAUGUGAAAGGGCAUGUAAUUAAAAACAAUAAUAGUAAAAGUUAUGAAAUAAAAGCUUAAGUUAUCAGGCAGGCUGCAGUUAGCUUGAAGCCUUAUAAAACACCAUUAAAGGUACCUAUAUUAUUUAAAUUUUUAGAAAAAGAUAUGCAUAAAAGUAGAAAAAUUGUAUAAAAAGCAUUUCAAUUCCCUUUUCUAGGUUGAUGAUGCCUGCCUAGUGAUUAAGACAUGAUGUCUUAAAACAAUAUUAAAAAGAAAAAAUAUUUUCUUUUUAAUAUUAAGAGCACGAAUCCAUCUUCCUCUUUUUGCUAAUUUAUAUGUAAUCUUUGGAAACCUAACAAGAACUACACUCACUAUUUUUGACAAUAUUAGCACAAUUAAAUACGUAAUAUUUAUUUGCACCCAUUUUUGAUAAAAUUUAUGCAUAAAAAGAUACGUCCAAUUUUGUCAUAUAUAUCGCCGAUAGGCACGCUGGCAUCCUUUCGAGGUAGCCCUACCAUAGUUAUGCAUGGAGUUAGUAACAUCGACAAUCCGUAACUACAACUAUUUGUUAUGGAAUUAUUCGUAGUGUCAAAAUUGAAUUGUUUUGUGUAUUUUCGUUAACAUAGACCAAUUUUCACUACAGUUUUAUUUGAAAUUAUAAUUAAAGUUUUCCCAUUUUAAUUUUCCUUAAAUUGCCAUAUAGGUACCUAGAUAAAGUAGUAGUAAAGUAAUUAGUGCGAUCCUUAGACCAAUAACCAUCUUAAGAAAUUUCCAAACUUCCAGUUGUGAAAGUUUUUAUAGUAAACAGUUUGUAAAGGAAAUGGUGUUAUUACCUAUUAUGAGAAUGAGCUUGUGAUUGGUUAAAACUAAUAGGAGAAAUGUCUUAAAAAAAACACUGAAAAACAUUAUUGAGCGUUUAACUAGUGGUUAGAGUUUUUUGAAUAAUAUUUGUAAGACAUUCAAAAUCGCAAGCAAACAUGUAUAAUCUUAGUUCGCGUGGAAAACGUACUCUUAUAUACCAAAAAUUCAAGUUAGUUGACGCGUGAGGAUAUCAAUAAAUGCAACAAGGAGGAUAUUACAAAACCCUUCACAGCAGAUGCAAAUAAUAUGGUAAAUGAGAUGAGAGCAAAUACAAAAACUCCAAAAAAUAACUACUAAAUAAAACUUUCUGAAAUUUGUAAAGCUGAAUAUCUGUAAUAUUGUCCUUAUUCUCACCUAAAAUAAAAUUUUUUGUGCAUUUUUAGAAAAGGUAAUAAUGAUUUUUAAAUCCACAGACUAUCAGAAAGGUGGCUUCCUCUCACAUUUCCCUGUGUCAACUUCUUUGGUCUCAAAAACUGCGUUUUUUUUUGUGGGGAAACCUGUACCAGGUAACGCGUGGAACACUCUUAUCGCUGCUAAUCUGGCAUCAUUCCCAGCUGGACAUUUCCUCCUUACCUACAGUCUUACUGAUACAGUCUAAAUCACUUUUCUACCUUCAACUUACAGCAUCUUUUCCUCUUACAUUUGCGAUUGGUCCAGCUGUCUUUCUUCCUCUUCUUUUUUUAUUAUUUCACAUGUAUAUUUGUGUACACUUAUCGAACCUGCUUAGUUCCCUGGUCUACUGAUGUAUAUUUACAAAUCGCAAGAAUUUUUCCUGAAUUUAAUGAAGAAAGUAAAAAGUUUUUGCAGUACUUUAAAAACACGUAUAUAAGAAGUCGUGAAUUAAAUAAUGGACUAGGCGAGAUCUGGCAUUUACUCCAGACAGAUGGAAUCAUCGUCAAAAUGUAGUAGAUAGUUUGGCGGCCAGGACUACCAGCAGCGUAAAAGUAUUUUACUAUUUACUUCAAUCUUUAUGUCAAUCCAUCAAGCCAUCCCAAAAUAUGGAAAUCUCUGGAUAGACUUUUUGAAGAAGUUACUUUACACCACAUAUCAUAUUUGCAAUAUAAAAGUGGAUCAGUACGGCCGCAUAAACAAAUGAUAUGUUUAAAAUAAGUUGUAUUGAAAACAGUACCACUAUUUUUAGUGUAGGAAAGUAUGCAAAAUGCAUUUUUGUCUGAAUUUGGUAAUGAUAAAUUUGCUGAAAAAAAGUAAAUAUUAGCGUUUCGGAUUAUACCGUUACAAAUAAUUUUGAAGUUAGGAACCGCCGAUGUUACGAAGUUUCGCCAUUACGAAAUGACGGCGUUACGAAUUGUCCGUUACCAUUUUUGGGGUCACAAACUGUUGCGUCACUGUAUGUCAUGGUUAUUAUGUAAGUUGUAUUCUAAUUUCAAAGUAGAGUAGUUGUCUGUCAAAUUAGAAAUAUAUUUUGUACAUUGUUAUCACAACAAAACUUAUCCACCUCAUCUACAUUUAUCGAUAUUGGAGGGUAAACUUAAUGUAUUAUCAUCGACGACAAACACGUUAAAAAUUGUUUGUGUAGUAACAUAGAAUAAUUGUUUACAAUUAACGAAAGACAAUUUUUAGCCUUAAUCUAUUGUAAAAGAAGUUUUUUAUCUAUAAUUUUUUUUAAAUAUAUAGGUAUUGUUUAUUUGGUGACAGUGUUUCCUUUCUUAAAAAUGUUGCGAUUAAAUGGAUCACUUUAUUUAUUUAAGUACGUCAAACUCGUAGUAACCAACCUCAUAUAAUGGAUAAAAAGGACACUGUACACUUGUACAGAGUCUCCCAUAAUCCUAAUCCCACAAAAAAACAUCACAAGCUGUGCCAAAAUAUUUACGAUGCCAAUUAAUCUCUUAGUGUGUUAGCAUUAUUUUAUUACAUAAAUAUACUAACCAUAAAUUAGUACAAAUUUUAUUUUGUUGAUCAUAAACAAAAUCAAAAAUAUCUUGGUUCAAAUUUUGUCGUCGAAAAUCUACUUUAAUAUUACUCUUCAAAUAUUUUACAUUGAUGAACAUUAGUUUGUUACCAAUUUAUGAUAUUUUUCAUAUUUAAGAAAACUGUCACUACUUAUUUGUUUAAAUAUAAGUAAUCUAU